AUGUCAAAAGAUCCAACGUCGCAGGUAUUUGAAGACCAUACUGUUCUUGAUCGAGCUUUGCUCCUUGACAAAUGUCCUUUAUCAACAAAGAGUGAAUUUUGGGUAGAAUUAGAACAACAAAACGCUCUCUACAAUACAGAUAUGUAUUUGGUUGUUCAUGAUCAAUCCUCGUUAAGUGAAGAAGUUCUUGAAAAACUGAGGCAAUUUAAACCGCACUCGGUCACUAAUGCAGAUAAAGCGAAGACUCUAUUACGAUAUUCGAGUGAAAUUAACAUGGGUGCAAUGUACAAAUUAAGUGAUGUUGAAAAAGCAGUAGGAAAUGAUGAAAAGUUAAAAAACGAAAUUUAUCAACUUGUAGACAAAGGAACUUUGAAAUUAGAUAAAUUAGCGAAUAUUUUAAUUAUACCUGAACGUAUGUCAUAUUUCUCAGAUUUUGAUGGUGUAACAACACAAGAUUUGAAAGAAUUUUUUCAUCUUGAAAACCAUGGUGCGGGUUGGAUUAUGAACAUCUUACAAGAAAAUGGAGUUUUACAACUUCAAACAGUGAGCAUGACAAGAUUAACUUCCAAUGAUAAAAUAUGGAAGGAAUGCGUAAGAGCUCAUUUAGAAGAGAAUGCGAAAAAACCUGAAGAAAAAGAUCCGAUCGAAUGGAAAUUACUCUACAAUAAUGCUGGAAUUCUUCAACAAAUUAAGGACAACAGAAAACUGCUGAAUGUUACAGAAGAAGUGUUGGACCGCUACUGUAAAAUUCCAUCAGAACUUAACAGAGAAGAAACUAUUAAAAAAUUCAAUAUUUAUCUAACCGAAAAAAAGAUUUUAGAACCUUACUUCUAUAAUAUUUGGCGAUUGAAUUCAAAAUUAGAUUGUUCAUCAUUUCCUCCUUGUAUUGCUGCUCAUGUCGAUGAAUUCUUAGCUGAUCGGUUUGCAUAUACGUUUGCUCUUGAAGACAUUUGUUUAUCAUUAGAAGAAGCCAAUGAGCAUCCUUCACCAAGUCCAACUCGAAUAUUUCUACCUGAAAAUCCAUUCGGUGAAGUUUUCAAUGAUUUUGUCAAUUGUGGUCUUGCAAUGCCAUCAAGGCUUUGUACUACUACCAAAACUAUCGAUGAUUUUGAUUAUGAAGAUUUUCAAAAUGAAGAAACGAUCAAAUCAGUUGUCUAUUCGAAUCGAUUAAAAUUACACGAUCAAACUGAUUAUCAUAUGGAUUUGAUUCCGUUUUCAACUUAUGUUCUUGAUCAAGGUUUUCUUAUUGAUUCAGAUUUACGAAAUAUUAUCAACAACGGAUUAAAAGUUGUUGUUACUCGAAAGAAAGAAAAAGCUGGAUCGUGGUUAUUGAAUAAAGUUAUAGGCGGUGCCGCUUGGUGUUGGGAUAAAGUGAAAUCAGCUGCAAGUGCAGUUGGUUCAUUUUGCUAUUCAAUAGUUAAAUUUGUCAUUCAUUUACCAGGAAAAAUAUUUAGUGCAAUAUCUGAUUUUGCAGCCCCGUAUGUGAAACAAGCAGGUGAACUGAUUCAGAGAAUAGCACAACCACUUUUGAAUACAAAACUUGGAAAAGCAGCAGUUGCAACUAUGCAAUUUGCGAAAGAAAUUGCUGUUGAAGGUGGAUAUAAACUUGUCGAAGGAGCAGAAUGGGUAAUUAAUAAAGGAACUCAAGCGGUGAAUUAUGUUGGGAAAAAAGCUACAGAACUUACCAAUUGGGUGGGUGAUACAAGAAUUGUCAAAGGAACUAUUGGAUUAGCAAAAGACUUUAGAUCAUGGGCCGCAUCUACAACGAUCUGGAAAUCUGCAGCUGAAAUGGCAGUAUACAUAUACACAAAAGUGAGUAACUUUUGUACAGCUGUUUCAGAAAGUUAUCAAUAUUACAAUCAAUGUCGGACAAUAUCAAGACGAAUUGUGAUUGAACAAGGAGGAUUAGUUGAUGAACAUAUAAUUUUGAAAACAUUUCAUGAUAUUUCACAACAAGAAGCUAAAAAGAGUGAUGAUGAUCGUAAUACAAAUGAAAUGAUCCGUAAAAACAUCCAAUCUUGGCGAACUCCUUUAAUCAAAUCAUUCGAAUCAAUAGUUAAUCAAAAACUUGGAUCAUUAUCAAAAGAUAAAUAUACUAUUGAAUUUAUAAAAUCUUCUUUGAAAAGCAGUUUUGCAUUAAAGAAUCUUGAAAGUGAAAUCAGCAAUUUAUUAAAUUUCUAUGCAUGGAAAACGCAAAUAUUAUAUUUCAAAACAAUUCAAACUUCUAUUAAAAAGAAUGUUCCAUUGAAAAAUGUGAUUUUUGAGUUAGUUAAAGGGCUACCAAGAGAACUUCAAUUCUUUAUUGAAGAUGGCAUCGAUCAAAUUUUAGAAGAUUUUCAAAAACGAAUUGAUGAUGAAGGUUAUGAAUCGGAUGAAAAUACAACGAUAAAUGAUAUCCUCAUUGACUUUGUUGAAUGUGAAAAUUGGAAAGAUGUUUUCAAAGCCGUAACAAUGAAAUUCACACAGAAAACGAUCGAUUCUGUUUUCAUCGAGCAAACGAUUUCAAUCAUUCUUAGUUAUAUUGCUAGUUUACGCGAUGCCAAUGCACUUCCAUCUGAAGCACAAUUUAGUUUUAAUCAAGAGGACAAGAGUCUUAAACAAGCUCUUGUUGAAUACAAAUCUAAUAAUAAAUCAAAACGAAAAGCUCAAUUUUUGAUGACUGAAUUACAUUCGAUUAUUAGCAAGGCAAUUAAUAGUGGUGAUGUUCGAUCAAACAUAGGCAUAGUUAGAAUGGCAAUCAAAUAUGGCUAUCCACUUCCUCUAUCAUGCGCAACACUGAUCGCUACUGCCAUCGAUGAGUUUUUGACAAAAUCUAAACUUUACAGUGCAGGCAUUUUUCUUGAAAUAACCGAUGAUGAAAACCGUGUUCAUGUUCAAUUCAAAACCAAAACUGGACAAGCAAAAUUGCGCAUGCGACAAUUUAAUGGAUCAGUUUUUCUUUGUCAAUCGGAUUACCGGGCUUUUGUUGGCAUGGCAGAUCAAAUGUAUGAAGAAGUUGAUCAAGCCUUCUUUUAUGAAGCUCUUACUGGAUACUUGAAAUAUCUUCAUUCCAAAUUUCCACGGCAAGCUGAAACAUUACGCGAAGGAGUUUUAAAAGAAUUAGAACUUCUUUGA